CGCCAUUCGGUGAGACGUGAAGGGAGCAGCCUCCACACCGCACAAGUGAUAAGAAAUUUGUUGUUGCUUCUCGGCGUCCUGCCAUUUAAUAUAUUUUCCAUGAUGAGUCGUGCUGUCUCUGUAUUACGAUCACGAACCAAGAAGUAUAACUAAGUUAAAGUAUCUUUAAUCCGUAAUCGUGCUAUGGACUUCUGGAUUCCAUAUUUCUAUAGACCACGGAAUAUAAUAUACUACACCUAUUAUAGUUACGUAUAAUACCUACUAACUGAAGUCAACUUCAAAACAAAAUAGCAAAAGAGAUGGAUUCUGAAAAACGUGUUAUACCAUGGACGAGUGGCCAAAAGCAAGUUGUGGAAUCCAACGGAUGUAAACCUAAAAUAUACAUAAACAGCUAUCAUACUCACAAUUUGUUUCAAGUCCUACAAAGUUUACACAGUGAAAAAGUGUUACGUGAUACCAAGUUAGAAACAGAUGGCAGUGUAAUAGUAAAUGCACAUAAAGUGGUUUUAGUAUCAGCUAGUCCAUAUUUCUGUGCGAUGUUCACCAGUUUUGCCGAAGGCGAUAAAGAUUCGACUUCAAUAUCUUACAAAGCUUGGUAGAUUAUAUUUAUAGUGGUGAAAUCAUGGUCAAGAAAAAAAUUUAUUGAAAACUCGUUGAAGCUGAA